GGUGCCCCUGCUGGAACCAUUGUCGGUAGAUCAGCUACUGGACAACCAGUGACAGCAUUAGCGCCAGGAGGUGCUUCCGCUAAACCUUCACCACAACCGCUUCUUGUUCAAGGAGUUUAUCCUCAGGGGGCCCCAAUUGUCGUUGGAGGAGAGACACCGAAAGUCCUUGUUCCUGCCAAAGUCCAAGUACGACUUCAACAAGGUGGCGAUGCAUCGGUAGCGAUCUCACCGACGGCUUUGCCGUCGAAUACGCUGCCGAUGAAUACGUCGACGAUGGCUUGGCCUCAGGCUGCUCCUGUCAAAGCUGCAUUUGCUCCUCCGAUGCACAACGCAUUGACUAGCCCUUGCAGUUCGCAGCCUCGAAGUCUAUCGGUGUGCUCAGCUUCACCACAACUCGAUUCAUCACCUAUGUCGCCGUUGCCAAGUAUAAUUCAAUAUCAUAACCAUCCUACACCAUCUGCCAUUAGGCCAGGACUGCAGGCUGAUCCCCGAUCUGUUCGUGUAUCCAGCACAGGCCAAUGGACGGCUCCAGUAAGUGACUCAUCGACAACUCCGGAUUCCGGGAUUCAGUCUGUUCCAGGAUCACCACCUAGCAGUCAUCCAUUAACACCACCUACGAUGCAGUUAGAGGGAUGUGACUCAGUUUGUGAAGAACGAUAUGAAAACGAUGAAGAUUUCGCGGAUAUGCCUCGGCUUUUGCCUGCCGACCAAGAAGAGGAACCACAAUGUAGUAACAGUUGUGUAUCCGUACGUGAGGAUGUCACAUCAGCCCAUGGAUCCGAGUGUGAAACGGCACCAACCCCAUCGAUUUCAAUCACGACGACUAUGGACACUAAGGAGAUUGUGGAACAAUUGAUUAUGCUAGAUCCGCAAAAAGCUAAUGUCAUUGCAAAUCUCAUCAAACGGCGUCAGUCCAGCAACAAACGGAGAAGCGGUAGCAAACAGGAGCACGCUCCCAAAAGGGCUCGUCCAGCUAGCGCUGCAAGUGAAGAUGCCAAAAAGAGCGAGGAAGAACCGACGCCGACGGCUCGUGUCAGCAGAAGAAGCACCUCGCGUACCUCUUCCGUUAAAGAUGGCCGCGCUUCCAGUGCUGCAAGCAUGAAACUCGAAGUUUCGCCUGUUUGCAUAGAUGGAACCAGCGGCAUUGUUUCCCGAGAGAUCUCACCUGUUUCCCAUGUACAGAACCUCUUCGAAUCUCCGUUGGUGGAAGAACGCAAGUGCGAUGCAAACUCGUCAAAAGAUGAGUUGGAAAUAAGAAAGCAGUACAGAGAAGCUGUUAAACGAAUGCUUCGCGAAAAAGUGUCGACACUGCUUGAAGCUACCAUUGCCGAUCUCCAAGGCCUACGAAUUGGACCACGAGAACGACAUGAUCGGCGGAAUAGCAAGGAAAGGAAGAAUAUGUGGGCUGUUAACUGGGAACAUGUCAAGAAAAGG